GCCAGACCUCUUGACCGUGUGUGGAAUGUUUGACGGUUUGUUUAGACUGAUCACCACAUGGAUUAACUAUGUCUCAACGUUCGCUUCAUUUUACUACCUUUUAACGCUAAAUUACCAAUCCCAUUUCAACAUGGCUCCCAGGAAUAGGUUUGAGAGUGAGUACAAAGCAAAUUUCAUACCACAUGAAGUGAGUCCUGUUUUAGCAAGAAAACCACAACUACAACUUGAACAAAAUGACCAAGAACCACCUCGAAGAGGUUUAAAGAAAAAAGAUGAUUUACUGAAACCUUCUAAGUCUGCGAUGAAGGAGAAUCGGGCUUUACAGUACAAAGCUGGCCUGGCUCCACCCAUGAAAACCCGUGACAGAUUACGAUAUCAAUCAGAAUACAAAAAACAGUUUGACUGGAAGAAGCCCUUAGAACAAGAAGCUCCAAUCCUCUCAGCAGAAAAGAUGAUUUAUGGGGUACACAGAGAUGACCAUCCAGUUAAAGCUAGUAAAGUAAAGAUGCCGAAGAAAACAGAGUACCAGUUACAGUUUGUGAAACACCCAUUAAUAUCCUCGCCUGAGACAAGAAAAGAGUUAUUAGACAAGCACCUGAUUGAAUGGAAAGAGCCUAGUGUUCCUGCAGGGAGGCCAUCAAGUAAACCACCACAGCCUUCACCUCCUGUUCCAAAGAAAACUAUGACAUUCCAAAGUGAAUACCGUGCUAAUUUCAAGUCUCCUGUAAAGUAUGAGUACGUCAAAGGUGCAUGGUUAGGAGCAGAACAUCCUCACAUUCUCCACCCUGAUAAGGUUCCAGACAAUGAGAAUAAGCAGGAACCUACAAGUAUCCACCCAUGGUACCAACAGGUGAUAGAGCUACGUGAAAAAGUGCGCAUUUACAAAGCUCGAGCAAGAGAAGGGUCUUAUUUUAUUAGCUUACUAAAAAACCUUAAAGAAAAUGGUUUCUUAGUGGAAACAGAUGAUGCUGCAGAGAAGCCAAGGGAACGAACAGGAACACCAUCCAAAGCUGAUCCUAGGAGUCCUCCACAGAAUAAGAAUAGACAACCUAGUGUUGUGACUGCCCCAGAUAAAGAUGACCAAGUAAAACAAGCGGAGGGUGACGAGAAGACGAAAGACGGAGGGGGGCCGCCUAAGACCAAAGCCCCACCACCACCGUUACCAACAACAGCAGAAAAACCCCCACAAAUCGACCACUCCCAAAAGAUCACUAAGCGUCCACCUGACGACCCGACCACCAAAACAGACAGACAGCUAGCAUAUCACAAGAAAUCUGCUUCAGAAAAUAGUGAUAAUGAGAAAGAUGAAUACCUAUGGAAUAGAGAACUCGCUCUUCCCGGCCCAUCGUUGAGGAAAACUCAUUCUAUCGAUACCAUCUCCCAUGAGAGCACCAUAGCAUCAGACGAACAACAAGAACCAAGACGCGAGGCGUGGUCCGAAUAUAAACCCGCGCGCGGUUUAGUAAUCCCACCGUAUGGUGUAUCAAGCUCUUCUGCUACUGUCGUUGCAUCAGAUUCACAAUCAGAUAUAAUCUCGUUAUCAGAAAUAGAUGCACCGUUUGGCAAUGAAGAGAUUUCUCCUCCCAAAGAGCCCGAGCGCCCUGCGAUAUCUAGAGCAACGCGAAAGCUGUUCACAGGUAGAAGACAAGAUCCCAACGACAAGGCUGACUCUUUCUCGUCUGAUGAUGAGAGGUCAGUCUGUAGCUACAGUUCCAAAGGAAGUGAUGUAUUGUCGGUAGAAGCCAUGGAAAAACGAAGGGCGAUGGCUUCGGAAACUUUACAACGAGCUCGAAGACGCCAAGCUCAGUUAUAAUCAACGCGUCUAUUUCAUUAUCAGAAUACUAGUUACUAGACUUGGUGUACGUAUUUGCUUUUAUCUAAAGUAAAUCUUAGGAGAUUUUGGUUGGAAAUUUUCCUUUUGUUUUUAAUGCAUAUACAAUAGCUAGAGAUGUUUAAAUACAGCAGCCAUACGUACAGCUGCUUCUAGUAGGGUAAAAUGAACAACUCAUGAAGCUUGUAAGAAACCAUGCUAGGAAAAUAGUUGGAAUAUAAGAUAGCGAAUGAACCAGCUAGGGAAAAAGACUCCAGAUGGAGAAAGCUUCACUCUCAUUCACUUAUAAAAGAGGCGAUAUUGGCCAUGAAGUAGCCUGUGAAUAUGGCUCUCCGGCGAGGGGAGGGGAUGGGAGCCAUGAAGAAGACCAAACCAACUAGUCUAUCUAAAAAAAUGAUUAUAAUUGAAAAUAAAAAUAAAAGUAAAAAUCCCG